UUUUGUAGCGAGCGGCUACGCGGGGCUCGCGAUGGGGCUCCUGUCACACAGGUUGCUGCUCCUGGUGGCGCUGCUGCUGCUGCUCCUGGCCGCUCUGACUUCAGCCAACAAGGCUCGUGAAGUAGAUAGAGAAGGUUUCUUGAAGAAAAGACUGAAAGAAUACGGACUCGUUACACCCAUCAGCACAGAUUCAGAGGGACACUUUCUGUCACACCUGCUCUCGGCAAACCACAAGCAGCGGGUGCGGAGAGAUGUUUCCUUGGGAUUCCAGCUGAAGAAUGAGCAGCUGUUUUUCAACAUCACGGCAUUUGGAAGGGAGUUUCACCUCCGGCUGCGUCCCAAUGAGAGGCUGGUGGCUCCGGGUGCCAUGGUCGAGUGGCACGAUGAGGUGGAGGCCAUCGGGAAUGACACCAAUGGUGGGAAUGGAAACCAAUCCAGCAUCCGGACAGAGAGGAUACUGAAGAGAGAACUUCUUAAAACUGACUGUACAUUUAUUGGUGACAUCACCGAUGUGCCUGGAGCUUCUGUCGCCAUUAACAACUGCGAUGGGCUGGCCGGGAUGAUUCGCACUGACUCUGAAGAGUACUUCAUUGAGCCACUGGAAAAGGGUACACAGGAGCACGAGGAACAUGGGAGGGUCCAUGUGGUUUACCGGAGAUCUGCUGUUCUGCGUGCUCCGUCGGACAUCUCUGUGGAUUAUCAGAUCAAUGAGCCUGAACUGGAUGCCCCAGGAGCACUGGAUGGCAUCGUGAAGCAGGUGAACCGCACAGUCCGAAAACGCAGGCAUUCGGGAGAUGAUGACUACAACAUCGAGGUGCUCCUAGGGGUGGAUGACUCUGUUGUGAGAUUUCAUGGGAAGGAGCAUGUUCAGAACUACCUGCUGACCCUCAUGAACAUUGUUAAUGAAAUAUACCAUGAUGACUCCUUAGGUGUUCAUAUAAAUGUUGUGCUUGUGCGAAUGAUCAUGCUGGGAUAUGCAAAGUCAAUCAGCCUUAUUGAAAGAGGAAACCCUUCAAGGAGCCUGGAGAACGUCUGCCGCUGGGCCUUUGUCCAACAGAAAGCUGACCCCGAACAUUCAGAGCACCAUGACCACGCUAUCUUUCUGACAAGGCAGGGCUUUGGUCCUACUGGGAUGCAAGGUUAUGCCCCAGUGACGGGAAUGUGCCAUCCUGUGCGGAGCUGCACUCUGAACCAUGAGGAUGGCUUCUCCUCUGCUUUUGUGGUGGCCCAUGAGACAGGCCACGUCCUGGGGAUGGAGCAUGACGGACAGGGAAACCGCUGUGGUGAUGAGACCACCAUGGGCAGUGUUAUGGCCCCCCUUGUGCAGGCAGCCUUUCAUCGCUACCACUGGUCCAUGUGCAGCGGACAGGAACUCAAGCGAUACAUAAACUCCUAUGAUUGUCUCUUAGAUGAUCCUUUCACGCACGACUGGCCCCAAAUUCCUGAACUUCCUGGAAUCAAUUAUUCAAUGGAUGAACAGUGUCGGUUUGAUUUUGGAGUAGGGUACAAAAUCUGCACAUCAUUCCGUACAUUUGACCCAUGCAAGCAGCUGUGGUGCAGCCACCCUGAUAACCCCUAUUUCUGCAAGACAAAGAAAGGGCCCCCUUUGGAUGGAACUGAGUGCGCGCCCGGGAAGUGGUGUUACAAAGGUCACUGCAUGUGGAAGAAUGCCAACCAGGUAAAGCAAGAUGGUUCUUGGGGAGCCUGGACCAAGUUUGGCUCUUGUUCUCGAAGCUGCGGAACUGGGAUUCGCUUCAGAACUCGGCAAUGCAACAACCCAGUGCCCUCUAACGGAGGUCAGGAUUGCUCAGGAGUGAAUUAUGAGUAUCAGCUGUGCAACACGGACGACUGCCCCAGGCAUUUUGAGGACUUCCGGGCGCAACAGUGCCAGCAGCGCAAUGCGAAUUUUGAGUUCCAGAACACCAAACACCACUGGUUGCCAUACGAGCACCCGGAUGCAAAUAAAAGAUGUCACUUAUACUGCCAGUCAAAAGAGACAGGGGAUGUAGCAUACAUGAAGCAGCUGUUGCAUGAUGGGACUCGCUGUUCUUACAAAGAUCCAUACAGCAUCUGUGUGCGGGGAGAGUGUGUGAAAGUGGGUUGUGACAGAGAGAUUGGUUCAAACAAAGUGGAGGACCGGUGUGGGGUAUGUGGAGGGGACAAUUCUCACUGCAGGACUGUCAAGGGGACCUUCACCCGUACUCCCAAGAAAGCUGGCUACCUUAAGAUGUUUCUCAUCCCACCUGGUGCUAGACAUGUGAUCAUUCAAGAACAUGAGGCUUCCCCUCACAUUCUUGCUGUCAAGAAUCAAGCAACUGGACAUUACAUUUUGAAUGGAAAGGGAGAAGAAGUGAAAUCAAGGAGCUUCAUUGAUCUGGGAGUGCAGUGGGAAUAUAUUACUGAGGAUGGUGUUGAAACUCUGAGCACAGAUGGACCGCUGCAUGACGCUGUGGUUGUUUUGGUAAUACCCCAGGACAAUGAGACAAGAUCUGCUCUCAUGUACAAGUACAUAAUACAUGAGGACUCUGUUCCGAUCAACAACAACAACGUCAUCCAAGAAGAUGUCUACGAAUGGGCUCUGAAGAGCUGGUCACAGUGCUCCAGACCUUGUGCUGGAGGGUUUCAGUUUACCAAGUAUGGAUGUCGCAAAAAAGGGGACAACAAGAUGGUACACCGAAGCUAUUGCGAUGUCAGUAAGAAACCAAAACCGAUCCGCAGAAUGUGUAACUUUCAAGACUGCGCACAGCCACAGUGGAUAGCCGAGGAGUGGGAGCACUGCACCAAGACCUGCGGCAGCGUGGGCUACCAGAUUCGCACAGUGCGCUGCAUGCAGCUGCUCCAUGAGGGCACCAACCGCUCGGUCCACAGCAAGUACUGUAGUGGGGUGAAGCCUGAGAGCCGCAGGCCCUGCAACAGGCUUCCUUGUCCUGCUCAGUGGAGGACUGGACCCUGGUCAGAGUGCUCAGUGACUUGCGGGGAAGGUGUGGAGCGCCGCUCGGUGACCUGCAAGAUUGGAGACCAGUGCAGCGGGGAGAGACCAGAAGCCACCAGGCCAUGCAAACCUGGGCCUUGCCAUGAUGAACCAUGCACAGGAGAUAAGUCCAUAUUUUGUGAAAUGGAGGUUCUAGCCCGAUACUGCUCCAUCCCAGGCUACAACAAAUUGUGCUGUGAGUCCUGCAGCAAACGGAGCAGCACUCUUACCCCAUACCACCCUGAAACUUCAGAGGUUGUGGAAGAGGUCCGAUUUGGCACCGCCCACACUUCAUCGUCUACCAUGGGGCUUAAUGGCACUGGCAGUCUUUCGGAAAGACACCAGAGAGUCAACCCUAAAACAGCCAGGACAAUUGGGAGCACUGUAAAAAAUAUUGCCCCUGCAAGUUCUACCCCUAGGAAAGCUACCAGCAUGAUGAACAAGACGCAGAGACGGACCCCGCCACUGACUGCUGUAGGAGGCAGGAAUCUGCCUGUGAUGGUGAACCAUGACAUGUCCUCCCUGAAUCAUAGCAGCACAGCAGCCCAUGCAUCCCCAGUGGCCUUGCUGUGGAGGGACGACAUGUCCACAGAGAAUCAGUGGCCACCUUCAUCUCCCAAGGUGGAAAGAUGAAUGGAAUCUUAUGGUCUCACCUGAACUCUGUCAAUGUAGAUAUCUGGCAACAUCCUGCGUCUUUUCCAUUUCAGCACCAUUGUGAGAGAAAGAGAAAGAGAAAAGUGCUGGUUCACUUUCACAAAGAUGAUUCCUGCUUUACUGCUCGAUACGCCUCGCAAAGAGGAAAUGUACCAAAGAUUCCUGGAAGAAUAGUCAGACUGUCCCUUUCAAUAGCUCUGGUUGCUGUGGUUUGCACAUCCGCUGAAGCUAUGAGAUGUCACAACAGCACUCACUACGAAAUGGUUCUAGUUGUAUAGAAUUACAGAAUCCAGCUAUUUUCACUGACUGGUUCCCUUCUGUUUGUCUGACAAAUGAAUAUUUAUAUGCGGUCCUGUACAUAAUGUAUAUGGGAAAUAUCAGUAUUAUUUUAAAAAAAGGCAAACUGAUAAUUUUAUAUAUGUUAAAGGACAUCAUUUGGUGCCUACGGUACAACAUAGCUUUACAUACACAGAUAAGCAUUGCAAACCUGUAUCAGUAGGAUUGUGUGUGUGUGUGUGUGUGUGUGUGUGUGUGUGUGUGUGUGUGUUUACGAUCGUGUUUCCUAUUGAUAUAAAAGAUACAAUGUACGCUUUGUAAAGUACUUCAUUUACAGAGUUUACAUUAUUGCAGCUAAUGCACAAUACCACUUAUCAAGAGUUUGGAUGGCCCUAGAUAAAGACAGAUUCCGUAUAAAGGUAAAAAUGUGAGGAUGUAAUAAGCUCAGUGUUUGUGAAAACUGGUUUUAACUGGUGCUGUUGGUAAAUUUACUUUGUCAAACAUGCAUUUUUAUUCUUACAUCGAAUCUGUUUUACUUUACUGUUAUAUUAGUACAAUUUAUGCUGUCAACAAGUACUGUAUUCACAUAUAACCAAGAGCUAAACUAAAAAAAAAAGGGAAGAAUUUUUAAGACAUACAUUUCUUUUACAACAAAAUUAUUG